AUGCAAGAGACAACAAACCAAGCAAAGCCGACGCCCACUCGUCGCCGACAGGGUCGGGGUGGUGGCGGCAAGGCUGCCGGCCAGAAGAUGUACGCUUCCGAGAACGACGUGGCCGACGUCUCAAACCUCGCCUACGAGCAUCACGGCAAUCCCCAUACCCCUCAGAAGUCAUACUCUGGCUCCCCUGAGCCGCAGUCUGGUACCGGUAACCAGACUGGCUCCAAGCAGCGUUCACGUAAUAAGCCCCGAGCCAAGAAUCCCAAUACGGUAGCCUCGCCCGACGUCACUCGCCAUAACCGUCGCUCGACCCCGCAGAACAUUCCCGUCAACACUAAGCCAACUGCUGCUGCUGCUGCUGCCGCUGCUGCCUUUGCCGGCGCUACUUUCCAUGCCUCGCCUGCUCCGUCGGCUCUGCCUAUGCCCAGCUUCUACUCAAAGUCGAUCCCUGAAUCUCCGGGCCCGAAGCGAGACGCUCAACAACAGCCAUCCCCUCCGCCAGCCCACCACGAGCGCCCUACACCGCAGCACCCCGCUACUGUACCCAGGGCCCAGGAGUCGCCUCUCGACGCCAUUUUCAGAGCUGAUAGAGCUGAAAGGGAGAAGGCGCGGCGUUCCAGUUCUCUCCAGUCGUCAAUGCAACCUGUCGGUUCCGAAUCCCCCGCCGCUCCCUCGCCAAAGGAUGGUUACAACAGUCCAUUUGUUGCUAAGCCCUACAACACUCAUCCUGGGCAUCGCAUGUCCCUUCAGCGUUCGUCCAGUGGUAUCUCCGUGGCAGAGCUCGACGGACAUUCUGGCAAGCCUCUUGGCCCUGCCUUCUCCACGCCGUAUCAGGAACGCAUUCGAGCUGCUCGCGGCGCCCCUAACCAGUCACCAAACGGCGCGAGAACUUCGCAGCCCCCGCCGAUUGAGGACCGUUCUGAGGCUCUGAAAAAGUAUCUGUUCGGAGCUAAAGGCUCAGCUUCCUCUGCUCAGCCGUCAGCUUCUGGUCCUCCAGCUCAGUAUGUUCAUAACGGUUUUAUGGGAAGCACUCCCGAAUCCCAAAGCGGUCACUCUGCCGACCUACGCGCAAUGGAGGACAAUUUGCGACGUAUUCUUAAACUCGAAUCUCCAUUGGCAACUGCCAAGUCCGGAGAUCGCCCUCUAUACUCAUAG